AGACAUACCGUUGUUCUUAUCAGUUGUUAUCAUUUUAUCGAUGAUAACGCCUCAUAAUUUCCACCAGCUGCAAUAUAGUGAUGCUUGUGCUCUAAAAGAUGGGUCAAAAUGAGUCGAAACUCAAGCUGCAACAAAUCACCGACUCUCUAGGUCGCAUCAGAAAGGACGUACGAAGCGGUAAAAUCACGGCAAAUGAGGUCGAACACUUCCAAGCGAUUUUACAUCGAUAUUCGGACGAAAUCGCCGCAAAUCCAGGCCGUAAAGCACGCACUAGUGGCGUUUACACAGCCGAACAACUUAUCGAAAUCACCUCCAAAGAGCUGGACGCCCUCAAACAAGAGGACCAAGGCGCCACCAACUCACUCACACGAACUUCGUCCAAAAAAUACACCAAAGACAAGGAAAAAGACGUCAAAUCAAUCAUAGCCUCAGUUGAGCAAAUCCGCGAGUUGGUGCGAAAUGGCCAAGUCCAAGCCCAAGAUUUUGACAGUUACCAGGCCCGUCUGGCCGAUUAUUCGCACAGGCUUAGCUUCAUUUCGAAAAAAUCCAAAAAAGAGGAAGUCAAUUCGGCCCAAAAACUGGCUUCUUUGGCCACCACCGAGUUGUUGCAACUGCAGGAGGAAAAAAAUGACAAAGUUGCAACACCACCAUCACAACGGUCGACAAUGAGGCGCAAAAUUGCCAACAGACACAGUCCUGGCAAUUUGGAGGACAUUGAGACCAAACUGGAAGCUCUGAAGAGUGACGUUAAAGUGGCCGAAACGAACCGGGACAAAACCGUGCUACAUUUCUUGUCCAAGUCGAUCCAAACCCUAAUGACUGACUUGCAAAUGAUCAAGGUCCAGGACGAUAUAAUCACGGAUGAGAGAAAACUACUUUUGGAGAAGAACUUGAUUCGUUUGAACCAACAAAUCGACAAACUCAAGCGGCAGUUGAACACUGAAAGUAACAUCAGUUAUUUAGCCGAGUUACAACACAAAGACAAGCGGGAGAAGUUGCUCAAGGACUUGGACGACAUCGAAAAGUCUGUUCUGGCAAUCAGUCGUAACCUAUCGAGUGUCAAUUUCGAAUCAGAGAAGGAAAUUUUUAACAAAUACAAAGCCCAACUGAGCACAAUCGAGGAACUUAGCCAGGAAAUCAGCCUGAAGAAGCGCCAAGUCUCGGACGUGAUCCUCAACAUUGAGAACAACUUCACCCGCUUGGAGAUGGAGGAGCGCUUGAACCAGGCCGAGUUCAAGCACUUCCAGACCCGAAUUGACCUUGACAACUUCACCGCAACCUCCGAUAGUGACUUGUACAAAAAAAAGCGCCAGUUUUUGGUCCAGUUGCUGGACCACGUCGCUGGAAUUAUGAACACCGGGGACAAGAAAAACUACGUCUUGUACAACAUCGAGAAUAAUAUUAAGGCACUUGACUGGAAAGUGUCCCAAAACGACGAAAAACUGAACCAGGACGAAGAAAAGGACGAGUUUGUGGUUUUGCGCCCCAACUUGCUAAAAGUCUGCCGCGAGAUUCCAGCCAGGGGGGAAAUGUCCGAGAUUUUGGCCGAAGCUAGGGCUAUUAUUGAGCAAAAGUUGCAAAUAAUUGCGGGGGCAAGCGCCCAGUUGGUGACAAUCAAGGAGGAUUUCCUCCAACCGGUCCAAAACACUCGGUCCGUUCUGGAAGACGUGCAGAAGGAAGUCGAGACUUUGCAGCUGCACAUCGAAGGUGCGCGCUACACCAGGGAGUCGCAACUUUACAAGGACUUGAAGGAGAAGUUGGAGGGGUGCAAGGAGCGGGUCAGAAAUUUGGAUCCAAAUGCCGACAGUUUGCUCAAGUACAUUGACAAUGUUUCCCUUCUCUUGGAGAACAAUUUGUCGAGUCGUAAAAGCACGACUGAGGAUAUUCUGGUGGAUAUUAUGUCGGUUAGCACGCGGGUCAAUGACUUGGGGGGGAAGCUGCAAGGUGUGACCAACUCGCUCGAUUUUGACUCGAUCAGGAGUAGUUUAUUGGAGCACCAACAGUACCUCAGGAACUUGCACAUUUCGCAAAACCGCUCAAGUCUCAAUAAAUCGCGCGAGGAUAUUUUGCAACAAAUCGAGGCAUAUUUGCGCAAACUGGACGAGUUGAGGGUGAAAAUCGACCGCGGGUCGGAGGAAGAGAGGCGAUUUAACCAGAGCUUGCGCAAAGUUAAGGAGAAAGUGAACAGGUACAGCGGUACUUAUCGGAACGUCCUGUACAACGCCAUUGAGCGCGACUUGGACAAGCAUUUGCGGGACGUUGAUCGAGUUUUCAAGGACUCUAACCUUGCCCUCAAGGUCAGACGCGACAUUGAAAAUUGCAAAAUGAUUCUAGAGCAGAAAUCCAGCAAGAAUAACAACGUCAAGCGGGUGGAGUUGGCCGAAGUUCGGCAAAAUGUCGAAAGCGUGAAGGAGAAGUUGACCAAAAUCCAGCCCUUGACUGAGGAGGAACUGGCCCAGCUUGACGCCAGGCUGACUUUAUCGCUCCUGGCCCUUGACAACUUCAAGGACGAUGAUUCCAGUGAACGUGCCCAGUUGUAUAAAGAGAUAAAGUUUUACGGUGCCAGGAUCCAGGAACUUAAGUUGGUCCCCAAACCCCACUCAGUGCUAGUCGAAGACUUGCAACAGAAACAACUGGAGCUACAACAACUCGCUGCCCGAAAAAUCGCCCAAAUUGAGAACGAACUCGCGGAAGUUAAGCCCGAAAUCGCCACUUUUGUGGGUUCCGAGACCAGUCCGAAGUUCCUCGCGCUUGACGAGGCUCUGGUUAAGGCCACAGUGCGUCUGGACGAGUUGGGGAUCGAGCAGACGAGUGAGUUGCACCACUUGAAGGUGAAGCUGAUGCGCGAGAUCCAGGAGCUGGCCGAGGUGUUGGAUGAGAGGGUGAAGGAGGCUGAAGAGAUUGAAAAGUACGAGAAGGAGGUGCAGGUUAUGUUGAUUAAGAUUGAUUCGUUUAAUGGGUUUUUCGGGGACGCUGAAUACACGUAUCUGGAUGAGGAGAUAAUUCGGCUUAAAAUCAAUCUGGGGAAGUUGAGGGUUAACCAGGAUUUGGUGGCUAGGAAGGAGGAGUGUAUGAGGGAGAUUGAUGCGUGUAUGAGGAAGUUGGAUGAGGCGGCCAAGACGAGAAGUGAUGCUUUUGAGGGGACGUUGGUUUAAUUUAUUGUAAAUGUUUUAAAUAAAGUUAUUAUUAAUUGAAA